GAACAACGCAUGUUUUACUUUUACUUCUAGAAGAUUGCUUGCGACUUUUUUUGUCCCCGUUCUUCUUGCUCCGUCGCCAGAGUGUAGCCUGUAACAUAGCAUGUGAGCGUCGGGACGAACUACUUUUCCUCCUUAAUCGAUUAUGGCUGGACUUGAGUAUCUGUCUCCUGAAGAUUUACGUCUGGACGGACGGAAGGCGCCAGAGCUGCGAAAGCUAAAUGCUCGACUUGGUGUGUUUCAGCAAUCCGAUGGGUCGGCAUACUUGGAACAGGGUAGCACGAUGGUGCUGGCAACUGUCAACGGGCCACAUGAGUCUAUGAACAGGAGCCGUGCAAGUAAUGAUACAGCGUUUGUGAACUGCCAGUUCAGUAUGGCAACGUUCAGUACAAGUGAAAGGAGAAGGCGAACAAAGGGUGACCGGCGGAGUACUGAGAUGUCGCAGUUUAUCCAGGACACCUUUGAGGCUGCCAUCCUCACGCACCUCUACCCCCGGUGUCAGAUUGACAUCUACGUACAGAUCAUGCAAGCUGGCGGAGGUCAUUUAGCUGCGUGCAUCAACGCUGCCAGCUUAGCAGUGAUGGAUGCGGGUAUACCUACGAAGGACCUGGUAUGCGCCUGUACCACUACCCUGGUUAAGGAGACCGCUAUCGUAGAUGUGACCUAUUUGGAAGAGUCUGCUGGUCCACUUGUUACAAUGGCAAUGUUGGCUCGCUCAGGCAGUAUCAUCCUAACUCAGAUGGAGAAACGUCUUCACGUGGACCAACUUUCUGCCUUGGUAGAAAGCGGCACGAAAGGAUGCAAGGAUGUGUCCGUCCUUCUCAGCGUCUUUCUCCGCACCCACAUUACUGAUCAGUUGGCAGUUCAGGGAGUACCUCAGUAAACUGACCGACUUCCCGUCGUGUGUAUAAUAUCAGCCACUCUUCUGAUCUGCUGACUGCAUCUGUGGCUGUGCUGCCAUAAUCUCUUUGUAUAUACUCCUCUAUUUUGCAUUCUGCUAUGUUCAGCAUUAUUUUCUCCUUCCCUCUGUACAACAUUUUUUUUCUCCUUUCCUCUGUACCUAUCUUAUAAUUAUGAACUGUUUUGCUGUAUUAUAGCUUGUAUCAAACAACUAACUUCCCUGUAUAUAAGAAGCAUGAGGGUUUUGAUGCCUGUGUACAUAAUAAUUGAGUGUACAUGUACAUACAAGUACUGCUAUGUACCAAUAUCACAUUUAUUUUCAAUAUACAUGUACAUACUUGCAUUUUGAGACUUUUAGCCACUUUUUUCAAGUCGAAUUUCUUGAUGACUGAGUACCUGCCGGCAAGUACCUCAAACUCA